UUGCAAGAACAGCUGUUGUCGCUUUGUUGUUUUCGUCGCUUUGUGUCUGCAGGUGCAAACUAAUAAAGUAAUUGGAUUAGUUGGGGAUAAAUCAAAGCGAGUCAAAGCCAUGGCCACGAUGCGCAUACCCAAACAGAAGGUGAUCCUGUGCGGCGACUACGGAGUUGGGAAGAGCUCCUUGUUCCGGCGAUUCGCCACCAACACCUUUGUCACGGAUACGGAUCGCAAGUCCACGCUGGGAUUGGACCACAUCGAUAGGGAAUACAGCGUCAAUGAGAAGCAAAUCAAGCUCCAACUUUGGGACACUGGUGGCAUGGAGCGCGUGGCAUCGGUGACCUCCUCGUAUUAUAAGUUCGCCGAGGGAGCUAUCCUGGUCUUUGCUUUGGACAAUGCUGCAUCGUUUCACUCGCUAUCCCAGCACUUGCUAGACAUUGUGACGUAUGCGGAGAACGCCAAGAUCUUCAUUUGUGGCAACAAGAGCGAUCUGGAAGGCAGGGAGCCGGAGGUCAGCGACGAGGAGGUGGAGGCGUUCUGCGAGCAGUGCCACUCGUUGAUCAGUGCCACCUACAAGACCUCCUGUCGCAGCGGUGCCGGCGUGGAGGAAAUGUUUCGCGACAUCUCAAGGCAACUGGUCCAAGCCAAUCGCUCCAAGAUGGAGCUACAGGCUCUGGAGCACAAGAGUUUCCAGGUGGACACAACGGGCAGCAGUGGGGCGAUCAAUGAGGAGGAUGGUUCCUCCUGCGGCUGCUAGCAGUUGGGGAACAUUGAGUUUGGCUAGGUAUUCACACUUCCAUUGGCCAGGCUCAAUGCCCCAUGCAGUGAUGCAUUUUUACUGUUUCCUUUAUUUAUUAACAGUUCUCGGCUAUGUUUAUGGUUUUUAGAUACAUGUUCAUUUCGAAUUUAUGCGAAAAAUACGUCCCGAAUGCAAACACGAGUCAUAGAGUAGGAUUAGUACUAUUAAACAGACGCCAAACAUUAACCAAGUAAACUUUGUACACGUAAACUAGGAUGGGUUAAUACACGUAAAAAUUAAAGAAGUUCUACAGAAUUUUGAGUUGAAAUCAAAUGAAUGAGAAUAAACUAGUAUCCUUAAAAUACAAAAGCUUUUAAGAGCAGAAUAACUUAAUAUGAACUUUAUGGUUAUGUAACUUUAAUAACCUAAGUAAAUAUUUUUAAAAAGUUCCCUAUCCUUGGCUAUAAUUUUACACUCUUAAUGAAUAAGUAAAAAUGAUGCGCAUUGAAAGUAAUGAACCCAUCCUGUCGUAUAUAGAUUAGUGCAUAAGUCUGCAGCUUUCUUCCACAGAAUAUCUCGUAAAGAUACAAUUUGCUAAACAAUAAAUAAUCAAUUCACAAAA